UUUUUUUUUGAUUUUAAAGAAAUUGAUUGAGAGAAACGGACAUGACCAUCCAUUCUAUUUCCAACCCGUCUUCCACUGCUUCGUCCCCUGUCCUCUCCUCCUCUCCCUCCACUUCCAGUACUACACCAGUAGCUUCUCACUGGUCUCCGGUUUCAUCUGCCUCCCUUACUUCUGUCACGGCUGCCAUGACCGCUACUCAGAGCGGAAACGGAAAUGGAAAUGGGCAGUUUUGGGGUUCUUCAGGACUUGAUUUGUCAUCCUCUUUGAGUUCGAUGAAAGGGAUUGAUAUCCUCAAUAGCGGUUUCCACAGUACUAAUGAGAGCAUCAAUGGAGGAGGAGGAGGGAACUUUAAUAUCACGGACUACUUUAGCUCCAGCAUCCCCAAAACAUAUAACAAUGGCAGCGAGCGAACAGAGCGGAGCAAUAGUAUUCACAUCGGAAGUCUAACCAACGGGUUGAAUAGCCUCAGCUUGGUAGCUGCUCAGCAAAGCCAUAAUCCAACGACAUCGUCAUCGCUUUGUUCAGGUCUGUACAGCAAUAACAACAGCAGUUUUACGACUUUCAAUAGCGGUAAUGGCACGAUCAAUGCCUCCAUCAAUAACACCCAUGGCAAUGGCAAUGGUAAUGGCAAUAGCAAUGGCAAUCAACAAGAAGAGAUCUCGACUAUCUUUGUGGUAGGCUUUCCUGAUGACAUGCAGGAGCGAGAGUUCCAAAACAUGUUUGUCUUUACUCCAGGUUUUGAGGCAGCGACUCUCAAAAUCCCUAACAAGGAUCAGCAAGAGGAUGAUGUGUUGACUCUUGGGGUAAAUGGAAUUAAUCCUCGCAAGCAGAUUAUUGGAUUUGCAAAAUUCCGUACCCAUCAGGAAGCGUUGCAGGCCAUUAGUGUGCUUAGUGGACGUAGAGUUGAUGCAGAGAAGGGGUCUCUUCUUAAGGCUGAGAUGGCGAAGAAGAACUUACACACCCGUCGAGGACUUUCGAAUGAACUUGUUACUACAUCCGGAUAUAACUCUGCUGCAGCUAUCCCUCCCACCCCUAUUGGUAUCAAUGCUAACUACAACGGCCCUUCUAAUGGCAAGCUUCCUCAUCUUUUGCAGCACCGGAACAGCCUCGCAGGCACUGCCGCCUAUGAUGCCUUUCACUCUGUACCCUGCAGCCCUGCUUUACCGAGUGAUCUGCUUUCAACUCAUGAUUAUCCUAGCAGUUACGAUCUAUACGCAGAUGUUUAUGCUCCCAAUAAUUCAAAUCUAACCUUCGCCGAGUCUUUUGGUGGUCGCCGUCAAAAUUCAAUACAACAGCAAUCUGAUUUCUCAUCUUUGUUCAUGGGCCGCCAAAGUAUACACGAUAUGAAUGGAGUGGACCCUUUGUCGACAGGAAGUCUUGGUAACAAUGCUGGAGGUCUCGUUAACUCGAUCGCUGGCUCGUUUCCUAGCUCUUUCAGUAGCCGACACAUUGGACCUGCUAGCUCCCAGCGCUUCAGCAAAAGCUUUUUAGAAUCUGAUGGGGACACAUCUAUGCCCUCUUCUGGAUUUAUCUCAAAGUCAAUUCCAGCUCAUACAGAGCGUGGUUUCAAUAGCGUCCUUUUCAACAAUGAGGAUGUACCUAACCCAAGAUUUCAAGGUUUACCGAUUAAUGCUACAGCAACAGCGCCACUGGUAGCACCAACAAUCCCUUCGUCUGGUGUGGCUUCUCCUGCAUUCCGUCCACCCAUUAACCCUGGUGAUCAGAACCCACCUUGCAAUACUCUCUACGUAGGAAACUUGCCAAUGAACACAUCCGAAGAGGAACUUCGAGCAUUAUUCUCACGCUGUCCAGGUUAUAGGCGUUUAUGUUUCCGAACAAAAUCAAAUGGACCAAUGUGUUUUGUUGAGUUUGAGAAUAUUGAAUACGCAACCCAAGCCUUGAACGAGCUCUAUGGAAAUCCUCUCAGUAACUCAGUCAAAGGAGGUAUCCGUCUCAGCUACUCAAAGAAUCCACUCGGUGUCCGCAACUCGACACCAUCCCAGCCCAGUGGACUCAGCAACCAGCUACAUAACAUGAAUGGCACACCUUUCUUGGAUCGUCGUGAUAGCAUGACCGCGAUGUUUGAACAGCAUUAUUAAGUUAGCGGUUAUUCUUCAGACUUUUUUUAUUUCAUUUUAUUGUUAUUCUGCUUAUUUUGGCAUUUUGAUACUUAGGCAUACUUUUC